UGGUACUUGUUUUGAACGCAAAUGGCACCAUAUGAUAAAAAAAAAUUCCAACCAAUGCAAGGAACUUAUGAAGUGAUGCCAAUCAAUUUUCAGAUAAAUAUGGAAACAAUGAUAUUUUAAAUCUUUUCUGCAUCAUGGCAUGUGGUUUAAUUUGUAUUUUAGAUUCUUUAUGAAAGACAACAGUACCUCGUCACUUAUUCCAUGUUGAUCUUUCUUUUAGAGUAACUGACAUCCGUAAUUAAAUAAUAAAUUUGGUAUGGUUGACACUUAACUAGUGUGAUGCUGGUAUGUGAGUCACUUCCAUGCGAUUGCUAAUUGUUACUUUUAACCUCAAACAAAGCAUUUUAUAAUUGAAGAAAUUUCAAAUUUUUAUGUAUUACACACUAAUAAAAACGUACUUUUUUCAAUACAGUGAAUAAUUCCAUUUCACUUUAAAAUUUUUUUCAGAAGAAAUAUAAUUUUUCUCUUAUCAAUUCUAUUAUGCCAAACGUAGAUGUUCAUCCUUUGGCAAACAACCCUAGUGCGGCUUGGCGAGAACUAUCACAAGAACAAAAAGUGUUUAAACUCAAUGUAAAACCUCCAUCAAAACCAGUCGAACCUAACAAAGUUAGGUUUGUUUGUAUGAGUGACACUCAUUCACUUACUCACUACAUUAAGUUCGAUAUUCCAGAUGGGGAUGUGUUUGUUCAUGCUGGUGAUUUUACAAAAUGUGGUCAGGAGGGCGAAGUACAAGAAUUUAACCAGUGGUUAGGAAGUUUACCUCACAAACACAAAAUUGUGAUAGCUGGAAACCACGAACUUAGUUUUGAUCCUUCUUUUGUUCAUAUUUUUAAAAAAACAUAUGAUCACUGUUCAAGGCAUGCAGGUAGCAUUUUUGAAGAGGAAAUACCCACUUUGGGGAUGGAAAAAGAAGAAUUAAACAAGGCAGUUAAGGCUGUAAAUGCAAAGAAGUGUUUAACAAAUUGUACAUAUUUGGAAGACUCCAUGGUGGAGAUUUAUGGAAUAAAAAUAUAUGGCACCCCUUGGCAACCAGAAUUUUGCAAAUGGGCGUUUAAUUUACCAAGGGGUGAAAAAUGCCUUGAAAAGUGGAAUUUAAUACCUGAAAAUGUUGAUGUUUUAAUUACUCAUACUCCACCAGUUGGUCAUGGUGAUUUGACCUGUUCUGGGGUACGUGCAGGCUGUGUUGAACUAUUAAAUUCAGUACAGAAAAGGAUAAAACCGAAAUAUCACGUUUUUGGACACAUACAUGAAGGAUAUGGAGUAACAACUGAUGGAAAAAUAAUAUUCAUAAAUGCAACUACUUGUGAUAUUAAUUAUAUACCAAACAAUUUACCGAUUGUGUUUGACAUCCCGCUACCCCCAGGAGUUCAAAAGGCGUAAUUAGUAUAAUUAAUUCCUUAUUAAAAAGUAGAUUCCCAUUUUGUUGAAAUAAUUUUGUUACUGUUAUAAAUUUAUUUAUCUGUACACUUAUACCAAA